AUGUUGGAAAUAUCAUUCAUGGGAAAUCAAUAAAACCUGAGAGAUUAGAAACAAAGAAGCUAUUUCUAAAAAGAAUCACAGCUAUCUAGAUUGAAGAAAGGAAUGUGGAGCUAUAGAGUAAAUCUAAUAACUUUUAUAGAAAUUUAAAAUCAAAUAGGAAUCCAAUUGAAAAUGGAUCAACCGCAAAAUCCUCAAAGUAGUAUUGGUCAUUUGCAAAAAGAAAGUCAACGCCAAAAGAUUGUAAUUGUCUUUUAAUAUUUAAAAAACAGAUUUCUGAUAUUAUCUGACUGUAUAAAAAUUAAGGUCUCUUUAUUAACUAUAUCUUUAUCUCUGGAGCGAAUGCUGAACGUGACAAUCAAGGAAUUCAGAAAGAAAGGAAGAAAGUUAGAUUUAAGAACUCUUAAACAGGACAAGUUCUUCAACCCACGUUGA